UCAGAGGAAGGUCUUCCAUUGUUUUGACGAGAGCCGCAGCCAUCACAGCCUCCAUAGCUUGGUAAGCUCAAAUUAGAGGUAGAUAGAUUCAAGAAUGGAUUUCGAGAAAAGAAAGGCAGUAGCUUUAGCAGAUAUGAACUCGCCGGCGCCUGAUAAAUCACCAAAAGGCAACAUUGAUGCACCAAUCAUACCCUUACUUGCCGCCAUCAAUUCCCAUUCUUCUUACUUCACUACAAGUUCUUGCUCCGGUCGAAUCUCCAUUCUCUCCCAACCUAACGCUGCCGUUGCCUCUUCCAAGAAGAAAGCCAAAGGCGGGUCUUGGGUCUUGAUCUCCCAUGACCCUGUCAAACCCGAUUCAGUAGUCGACCUUCUUUUCAACACCAGUUUAUCGCCGGAAGAUCCAGUUUAUGAUUCCAGUCUCGUACUACGUUUCGAACCGUUGAUUAUAGCCAUUGAGUGUAUAGAUGUCUCGUCCGCUCAGUCGUUGGUUUCUUUAGCUAUCUCUUGUGGGUUCCGGGAAUCGGGUAUUACUAAUGUGAGCAAACGAGUUAUCGUUGCGAUUCGAUGUUCCAUACGGAUGGAAGUGCCACUAGGAGAUGCUGGGAAACUUAUGGUGUCACCGGAGUAUGUGAAGUUUCUCAUUGGAAUUGCCAAUGAGAAAAUGGACUCAAAUCAGCGGAGGACAGACAAUUUUCAUAGAGCAUUGUUGGACAAGGGUUUUGGCGGUUCAGAGGCUCCGGAAUCUGAUUGUCAGAUCAAUGUGUCUGAUCAUGGCGAGGUUUCUCAAACAGGCGUAUUGGGUUCUCUGGAUUCAGGUCUAUGUAUGGACCAAAUUGAGAUUUCUGGUGAAUCUGUUGAGAAGCUAUUCAUUUGGGGCCACACUGCUUGCACAUUGAGUAAUGUAGACAAUAAGCUAGUUUACAUUUUCGGUGGCUUUGGAGGGAUUGGUCGACAUUCUAGGAGAAACGAUUGUUUGGUGCUUGACCCAUUAAAUGGAAAACUGGAUUCUAUCAAUUGUGAACAGGCUCCAUGUCCACUGUUAGGGCAUUCCUCUUGCAUGAUUGAUGAUCUUAUGUUUGUUAUUGGAGGCAGAGCUGACCCGGUUAAUAUCUUGAAUGAUGUUUGGGUUUUAGAUUCAAAAACAAAUAAAUGGAACCUUUUACAAGUUUCGGCCAAUACUUUCUCCCCCAGGCAUCGCCAUGCAUCUGUUUCUGUCGAUUCAAAGAUAUAUGUAUUUGGGGGACUCGUUAACGAUACAGUCUCAUCAGAACUUUAUUUUCUCGACACCAUUAGUCUCGAGUGGUAUGAGAUUCCAAACGAAGGCGGAGAAUGGCCAUGCCCUCGUCAUUCCCAUUCCUUAGUCGCGAAUGGAUCCCAACUAUUUAUGUUUGGCGGUUAUGACGGUGAAAAGGCACUCGGUGAACUUUACUCAUUCGACACUCAAACCCGCAAAUGGAAGAACGAAAAUGAAAUAAUUGGGCGAUACCCAUAUCCAAGAUUUUCACAUUUGAUGUUUGUUUACAAAAAUUACAUAGGUAUCUUAGGUGGGUGCCCUAUCAGACAACGUUAUCAAGAACUAUCCUUGCUCGAUUUAAAGAAUCGUGAAUGGAGACAUGUUAGGCUUAAUUCUAUUGGCCAAGAACUAUUUGUUCGUUCGACAGUUAAUGUUGUGGGCGAUGAUUUAAUCAUGAUUGGUGGUGGUGCAGCCUGUUAUGCAUUUGGAACUAAGUUCAGUCAACCGAUGAAAUUGAGUUUGCUUCCACUUAUAUCCUCAAAUAAGAUCCAGGUUGAAGAAAAGCAAAUGCAAGCUGAUGAUGACAUUGUCUUGCAGAUGGUUUCUUCCCUACAGCUUGAAAGGCAACAUGCCAAGCUGGGAAAGGAUAUAUUAAAAGAAUUCGGAUGGUUGGAUUCCGCGAGAAAGGUUUACUCAAACGAAAAGGGCAUUAAUAUUUGUUUCCCUGUGACUGAAACUUUUUGUUCCUUAUACUUGAAAAAGGAAAAUCAAUCUGAAGAUAUAUUACAAGAGGAUAAUACCAUCCAAAAUUUGUCUUGUUCUAAAGCAUUAGACCUUCUAAAGGCAUGUGGAGGGAAGAAGAUCAUCGAUCAAUUCGCUGAACGAAGAAAAAUUCCUACCCCUCCUUCGGAAAUUAUGAGAGAAGCAAUAAGGGUUGUGCUAGAACGUGAAGGCUUGCCCCUUGAACUCCUGGAGGAGCUACCAACUAGAUGGGAACGGCUGGGGGACAUUGUUGUACUUCCGGUGACUUGUUUCAAGAAUACAGUAUGGGAUUCACUAGGGAAGGAGAUUUGGCCUAUUGUUGCAGAUUCACUAGGAACCAACCGUCUUGCUAAACAGGGUUCAAUCGCUCCAACCGGGACUAGGGAUAGUAAAUUGGAGAUAGUUUUUGGCGAUGGUGGUGGCUGGGUUGAUCACCGUGAAAAUGGAAUAACUUAUUCAUUCGAUGCAACCAAAUGUAUGUUCUCGUGGGGUAAUCUAUCGGAGAAGCUUCGCGUGGGUCGUUUUGAUUGUAGAGAAGAAACUGUCGUAGAUUUGUUUGCUGGAAUCGGUUACUUUGUUUUGCCAUUUCUCGUCAGGGCAAAUGCAAAAUUUGUUUAUGCUUGUGAGUGGAAUCCUCAUGCAAUUGAGGCCUUGAAAAGGAACCUUCGAAUCAAUUCAGUGGACGAUCGUUGCAUUGUACUUGAAGGAGAUAACACAAUUAUGGCACCUAAAGGAAUAGCUGAUCGAGUCUCUCUAGGUUUGUUGCCCACAAGCGAGGGCAGUUGGAUUACGGCUGUUAGGGCUUUAAGGAGCCAAGGUGGAAUAUUGCAUGUGCAUGGAACUGUGAAAGAUGUCGAGGAAGUAUCAUGGACUGAACACGUUAAGAAGUCCAUCUCCGAGAUUGCUGCAUCUGAAGGUUACGAUUGGGAUGUCUCGGUGCAGCAUGUGGAGAGAGUAAAGUGGUAUGCCCCUCACAUUCGGCACCUUGUCGUAGACAUAAGAUGCAGUCAGAUUCAUAGGUGUGAUUGAGUUUCAUAAAGUUUAGUCGCCUUUUUCAUGAUUUUGUUAAAGGCUGAAACAUAAAGAGGAAUCUUUCUCAUCCGCGAUACGUCACUAAAUGAAUAAUUUAACAGAAUUAUUUAAACUUUUCGGUUAACUUUUAGAAAGUUGUACCAAUUCUUGCUCCAAUGGUCUAUGUUCAAAAGCUUCAUGUUUCACUUUU